UUCCAUUGUAACCUCUAGCCUCCAUCCUCCCCUCUCUCCCCAUCCCACCCCUCUCCCCGCAACCUCAUCCCCAUUGCCAGCUAGCCAGCCAGCCACCUGAUCUCGCGGCCGCAAUGGCGAGGAGCUGCAGAGCUCCCGCCGCCGCGCCGUUCAUGGCGCUGCUGCCUGUGGUGGUGGUGCUGGCGGUGGCCGUGUCUUUCUUGGGCGGCGGCGCCGAGGCCAGGAAGUCGAGCAACAUCACGGUGGUCGGCUCCGUCUACUGCGACGCCUGCUCCAACAACACCUUUUCCAAGCACAGCUUCUUCCUCAAAGGGGCUCGGGUGCUGAUCCAGUGCAACUUCAAGGUGAACUCCAGCGCGGCGCCGGAGGAGAUCUCGCUGGAGGCGGAGCGUACCACGGACCAGCACGGCGUGUACAAGCUGGACGUGCCCCCCGUCGACGGCUUCGAGUGCCGGGAGGGCCACGAGCUCCGGUCGGCGUGCCGGGCCACGCUCGUCCGGAGCUCCUCGGCCGCCUGCAACGUCCCGGGCCUCCGCGGCUCCACGCAGCACAUCGCGCUCCGGGGCUCCCGCGGCGCCGCGGCGUGCUUCCUCAACCUCAACGCGCUCAACUUCCGCCCCGCCAAGCGGGACCGCACGCUCUGCCACGGCGGCGGCAAUGGCGGCAGCAGUGCGUUCGGGUCGUCGCUCUUCUUCUGGCCGUUCCUGCCGCUCUUCUGGCCGCCGCCGUUUGGGCUCCCGUCGCCCGCCGCGCCGGGAGCCGCCGGAGGGACGGUGUCGUUCCCGUGGCCAUUCCACGUGCCGGAGUGGCUGGUGCCGUUCCUGCAGCCGCCCUUCAUGCCUUUCCCGCUCUACCAGCCGGCACCGGGGUCAUCGUCGGCGCCGCCCCCGUUCCAACGUUUCCCGCCACCACAACGAUCGGCUGCCCGGCCAUAAAACGGCCGGCCGGCUUCAGAAUCAGAACUUCAGGGAGAAGCUUGACAAGACACGAGAUUUCAGCCUUCUUGCCAAGAUCAAUUGUUAGAAAUUUAGUUUCUUUAUUGCUUGACUGCUUGUCAUGCAUGCUAGGUGUUGCCGCCAUUGGCAUGGUGCUCAUUGACCUGAUAAAUGUGUCUGCAUGUGGUACGAUCGAAUUCGUAGUCAUGAUCAUUGCUAGCCUUCUA